UCUCCUCUAGAGGGCCCGAGUUUGUCUGCGGUCAUCAUCGAAUGAACCGGAAGCAGAACCUCCGGAGGUCAUCUCGUCUACGCUCAACAUGGCUGUGAAUCUUGCAGACCUGUCUCUGCCCCAGUUGGAGGGACUUAAAACCCAAUUGGACACGGAGAUUGAGUUCUUCACAUCAUCAAUAGGUCAGCUCAAAGUUGUCCAGACUAAAUUUGUGGAAGCCAAAGAAAGCUUGAAUGUUCUGAACAAAAACAAUCAAGGCAAAGAAUUACUGGUUCCGCUAACAAGCUCUAUGUACGUCCCUGGAACAUUAGAUGAUGUAGAUCAUGUUUUAGUGGAUGUGGGGACAGGUUACUAUAUCGAAAUGAGUGUGGACGAUUCAAAGCCUUUCUUCAAACGCAGAAUAGAUUUUAUAACAAAGCAGAUGGAGAAGAUACAGCCAGUUCUUCAGGAGAAACAUGCCGUCAGCCAGGCUGUGAUCGAGGUGAUGAAUGUGAAGAUCCAGCAGCUUCAACAAGGCCAGCAGUCUGCAGCCAAGAAGUCAUCAUGAGAAUGUCAACUUCAAAUUCUUCAUUUUGUUUGUUUGCAAAAAAAAAACUUCAUCAUGAAGACACAGUUCUAGAGAACAGAUGAGUUGUUUGAGAACACAAUGUCUUUGCAUGUUGGUGCCUCGAUCUGGUUGUAUGGCUCCAGUGUGUUAGGCCAAGAGUAGUAACAAAUCAUGCAAAUAAAUACACUUAUGUAGUAUUGUCACCAGAUUAUGUUCUUCAAACUCAGUUUGUGACUUAACUCCCCUGUGGGUCAGCAUUUUUAUUUAA